GGAUUUUGGCCAAAUUUGGUCUGAAGUAUUCUUCAGUGAAAAGGAAUCGGUUCAGCAUAAAUGAUGGAUCCCAGCCCCCCUGAGAUGGAAGGGGUGGGGAAAUGUUCUUGAAGAAUAGGUAUGAGACAAUCCUUGUGAAAACUAUCAACUGAUCAGAAUAAAAAUAUGGGGAGAUCAUCUUCAAAGCCGAAGAAAGAGCCUUCACGAGUCACUGAACAGGACAAAGCUGUGUUGCAACUUAAACAACAACGAGAUAAAUUAAAGCAGUACCAAAAGAAAAUAUUUGUACAGAUUGAGAAGGAUCGACAAGUGGCCAAGCAGUUACUACAUGAAGGCAAAAAGAGUAAAGCUAAGCUGAUGCUGAGAAAGAAAAGAUUCCAGGAAUCCCUUUUAGAAAAAACAGAUGGACAACUGGAGAAUAUUGAACAAAUGGUGCAUGACCUUGAAUUUGCUCAAAUUGAAGCAAAGGUUUUCGAGGGAUUGAAAGUUGGAAAUGAAUCACUGAAAAAAUUACAUCAGAUUAUGUCAAUUGAAGAUGUGGAGAAAUUGAUGGACGAAACACAGGAAUCUAUAGAAUAUCAAAGGGAGAUAGACAAUCUAUUAGCUGGAGGUUUGACAGAGGAUGAUGAAGAAGAUGUCCUGGCUGAGCUGGAUGAACUAACUAAGCAAGACAUUGCCUUGCCGGAUGUGCCUACAGACGAACUACCAGAAAUACAAAGAGAAAAGGAAAAAAGAAGAGCUCAGAAAGAGGAGAGAGAAGCAAUACCAGCCUCUUGACACUUCUUCUUUCAACUAUUUUAUCAAAACAACUCUGUCAUUCUACAUCAAACUGUGUAUAACAAUGUAUAUCAUGUGUAUAUCAUUUAUACAACCUUCAGGAUUGAAGACAAGAACUCUGAUAAUUUUACACCGUGUGAAUAAUUUUGAUUUUUAAAAAAAUCGAUUUUGAGAAUGAAAUAUUACAUACCGCUCAGACUAGGGGUACACAUUUACUUAAAGGGGUAUACAUUCCAACAGAAAGGUCUCUCAAAUGGAUAAUGAACCAAACUAUGAUUGGAAAAUUAUUAAAAGAGAAUAUUCAUUGAUAUUAUAAACAAUCCAAGAAACUCUUAACACAUUUAUUCACGCGAUUUAAAAAUCUGCCGAUGAACUGUCAAUCAAAACCGAUUGCAAGAUUUGGCACGAGGGACAUGCACAGUUACAACAGUUGCAGCGCCACCUGCAGCAGAAAAUGACUGAAUGCGGCAGUUUUCUUCAUUUUCUUCAGCACGUGCGCCAUAUGUGCAUGCCAGAGAUUUGGUUGCUUCUUCGCUGCCCACAACUUUACAGAAUAUAUCGCUUCCUGGCAUUUAUUCUUAAAUCAAACUAAACAACUUGAUAGCAUAACUUGUAAAUUUUUCUAAUUUCGGAAAGUUCAUGAAUCCCAGGAUACAGGAAAAGUUAAAUAUUGCGCAAAGUUGUUUUAAAACGUAAAUUAGAAACAAAAGCUUGUAUGUAUACCCCUUUAAAUUUUACUUUUAGAACUAUAAAUAGUUGUUUAAAUAAGCAAUUCUACAUGUAAUGAACAACUUGUUUCUUAAGAUCAUGAAAUCGCUGUCGUAUUCGUUGAAGUUUGGAACUGUUUUUCUGCACGGAGCAAUUAUUUUGGGAUACACCAUCAAGCAAAAUUCAGCAUAACAUCAAUGUUAGAUAAACAAAUUGAAUAACAAAACUGAUUUGAUAAACUGAUUUUCAAUCAUUUUUGCAGGAUAAAUUGAAUACAUGGUCAGUGUAUUAAGAUAUAGAUGCACUUUGGCUUUGGACAAAAACACAAAAGUUGCUCGCCACUUUUGUAUUUUCGUCAUCUCCCUGCCAAAAUACAGCUGAUAUUUUAAGAUACUGACCAAGUAUUCUCUAUGUAUUCACAUAAGAAAUGGAACAGUCUGAUAACGUAACUGCAUCAGUCCGCUAAUGAAACAGCCUGACAGUUCUAUAUAAACAUCAAAACCUUUGACACCAAACUAGUUAGGAACAGAUAUGUUUUUAACAUUAAUUUGUAUGUUUUUAACAUAAAUUUGCUUAAUUCCCAAUUUUGUGAGAAGUAUGGUUUGACAAUGUAGCUGUGGUAUUGAAACACCAUUCUUCCAGUGUCUUUGUGUACCACUAGUCUUUUUCAAAAUGAAAGUAGACUUGUUAAAGGGUUGGAGUACAUGUCAGUGCCAGACCGUGGAUUGGCUUGCAUGUAUAUACUAGAAUCUUGUUCAUUAGAGCAUUGCUCUUGUCAAGCAGUGAGAUCAUAAACAAGGAUUUUGCAGACAUUUUAUGUGACCACUACAAUUACCUGAUACAUCCAAUGUACAACAGCAAAAUUAGAAAGACAGUACUGAUGUUACAAAUUACAAAUCCAAGUUUUUAGUUUUUCAUGAGCUUAUGCGAUGGUCUGGGAUCCGUCUGUCCGUAUUCAAGGUCACAGUGGUCAAAUUUUUCUAAACCGGUGUCAGUGGUGUGCAUGUUAAUGUAUUUGUGAUGAACACUGACAAACAUUUAAUACCAGGUGAGUGAUGCAGGUCCUUUGGGCCUCGUGUUUUAACAACUAUUGCUGCUGUUUCCAAUUUUAAGUUGGUAUUCUGACACAUCAGUCAAGUGAUAUUUGGGUCUGAAGACAUUUUUGUAGCUUCGUAGCUAGUCAGUGUGAGAUAUGCCAAUAACGCUUGCAGAAUAAAAUGUUUGUACUUAUCCAUGGAUUAAUAGUGAAAAAAAAUCGGUUACAAUUGUUAGGAUGAGACAAGUUUAAGGAACAUCUGCAGGAACAGAACACCAAACUUAUAUAUGAACAUAUAAUGUGAUACAUAUACAUAACAAUCAAAAUAUUUUUGAGUUUCUGAAAUUGAAAUAUAUUCAUAUGCAUUCUAGAUGAAAAUUUGUAUUUCAGGUAAUGAUAUGAUUUCAUUUCAAUUUUAGAGGAAAGAAUAAAUUGAAGCUUCAUAUAUGAUUUUUUUUUUUUUUCGUUAAUUUUCUCAGAAUUAUAGAUAAAUCAAAGUCUAUGAUUGUCUAGCUUACAAAAACCAUACAAGAAUUACAGAGCAAUGCUCCUGUCGAUCCUUAAUCAUCAAUCACAUGACAUUUCUUGAGACCUAAAUAACAUUGAUUAAUAAUGUUGAAAUAUGAAUGUUUUCCAUGCUCAAUCAUAUGACAUUAAUACUCAUAGUUCUUGAUUAAGAGUUGUGAAUCAAUGAAUUACUGCUAAUAUUUUGUUAUUAUUGUUAAAGCCUUUAUAAUCUUGUCUAAUCUGGUACUUGAGCAUAUUGCCUACCAAACCUACAACUGUAAUACUGGAACUGAAGGCGUUUCUUAAGGGUCUCGUUAUCAAGUUUUAGAUGCGGGGCAUCUGCUUUAGUGAUUGCCUAUCGUAAAUGAAAUUAAUUCUUUUUCAUUCAAGUAUGAAGAGAGACUCGCUGUAUUAUUAAUAUAUAAGCUCUAUAUUGAUGACCAUGUAUCUUAUAAAUAUUCAAGAAUAUAAAGCAAUAUAUCUUUGGUAUGCGAUCAUAUUGAUUAUUAUUAGAUGUGUAUGUAUUUAUAUUUCAUGUCCUGUAAAAGUUGCAUACUUGUCACGUUUGUAAACAUCAUGCUUAUUUUUAUGAUGCUAAAUAAAUCCGUCAUUUGUUUA